UUCCCACCGGAGCCCUAGGAGGACGCCGGAGUCUGCAGCGCCCCCGCCCCCUCGCUUUUUCUUUCUUUCCCUGCUUUGGGAUCUUGCUGUCUGGAGCCGGGAGAGGUUCCGAGAAGGAGAGAGCGGCACAGGUUUCUGCCGCGGCGCUCGAACGGGAGCGUAGGGGCGCAGCAUCCUCGGUGUCCACCCGGGAUCGCAGCUGCACCGGCCGACAUGUGACGAAGGAAAGCCCUCAGCAUUACCAGCAACCGCCUUCAAAGGGGUCCCGGAACGCUCGCCCAGGCCAGCAGCUGGAUCCUCUUAGCCCUCAGCGACACGGGACGGGAGCCGCAAGGUACAACGGCUGGUACGUUCCAGGCUCGCACUCGGGAAAAGAGCGCAGCGGGGACCGCCGCCUGGCUUGCACUCGGCACAACUCCGGGACCUGCGGAGUGCGGCUGGACCGUGUCCAGAUUCCCGCCGACUUCAUCCAGAGUGACCCAAGACCCUAGCCGGUCCUCCUGCACCCCCUGGAGUUCUAGCUUGCCCUGCAUCUGCGCCGACCCCACAACGCCCAGGUCCCCGCAACGCCCCGGUCCGGAAGGAGAGCGCGCUUGCCGCUUCUCCCUGAUUGCAGACGCCGCCGCUGUUCUAACUGCACACAGAGGUCCCCUACCCGGAGCCUAGUCCUUGCAGGGGGUGGUGUCCGAGACGCUGGGGAGCGCGCACUAUGAAGUCCGCGCUGUGCAGCCGCUUCUUCAUCCUCCUGCCCUGGAUCCUGAUUGUCAUCAUCAUGUUGGACGUGGACCCCCGCAGGCCCGCGCCCCAACUCACUUCCCGUCCCUACUUCUCUCCCCAUGCAGUGGGCUGCGGGGGCUCCCGAGUCCCGCUCCGACGGAGCAUCCCCGGGCGUGACGCUGCCGAGAAGCGGAACGAGUCUCGGCCUCAGCUGCAGCCGGAGCCGCGCUUGCCCACCAUCUAUGCCAUCACACCCACCUACAGUCGCCCGGUGCAGAAAGCCGAGCUCACCCGCCUGGCCAACACCUUCCGCCAGGUGGCGCAGUUGCACUGGAUCCUGGUGGAGGACCGGGCGACGCGCAGCGAGCUGGUGAGCAGCUUCCUAGCUCGGGCCGGCCUGCCCAACACGCACCUGCAUGUGCCCACGCCGCGGCGCUACAAGCGACCGUGGCUGCCGCGCGCCACCGAACAGCGCAACGCGGGCCUCGCCUGGCUGCGCCAGAGGCAUCAGCAUCAGAGCGCGCAACCCGGCGUGCUCUUCUUCGCCGACGAUGACAACACGUACAGUCUGGAGCUCUUCCAGGAGAUGAGGACCACCCGCAAGGUUUCUGUCUGGCCUGUGGGACUAGUUGGUGGGCGACGCUAUGAACGUCCGUUGGUAAAAAAUGGCAAAGUUGUUGGCUGGUACACCGGAUGGAGAGAAGACAGGCCUUUUGCCAUUGACAUGGCUGGAUUUGCUGUGAGUCUGCAAGUCAUCUUGUCCAAUCCGAAAGCUGUAUUUAAGCGCCGUGGAUCCCAGCCAGGGAUGCAAGAAUCUGACUUUCUAAAGCAGAUAACGACAGUUGAAGAACUGGAACCAAAAGCUAGUAACUGCACCAAGGUUCUCGUGUGGCACACUCGGACAGAGAAGGUCAAUCUAGCCAAUGAGCCAAAGUACCACCUGGACACAGUGAACAUUGAGGUGUAGCUGCCAGGACCAGCAGGUGAGGACAGGAAGUCUGGAGCGUGGGCUGCUGCCCAUUCAGGUACUGUUCCUUUGCCUUCAGCCUUUCCUUACCGCCGAUGGACGCCCGUUUCGACAGCUACCUGGAUGCUACAAAAUGUGUUGUCUUCAUUUGUUCUGCAUGUGUUUUCUGAACUGGAAGAUUUUUGUACAGUGAAGCCACAUGACACUGAAAAGGACAACAGAGUAUCUCACACUGUUCCCUCCCUCCCUUCCUCCCUCCCACAAGCCAUCUCAAUACUGCUAGAAUGACAGGUUUUAGAAGCUGAUGAGGAGUAUUCUGUCAAUUAAAUAUUUCCAGUUAAAUUCUUGGCUUCACAACAUGAACUAUUUGGAAAGCUGAUGGCAGUGUACACUGUAGGAAAUAAAACCCACAAAUAAAAAGGUGUGUGGAUUCAUCUGUUUAAUAUAGGGAAAUAACAUUUUGUCAAUACUAGGCACCAUAAAAUGUAAACACAAUUACUGUCAUAAACCUGGAUAUACCUUCAAGGAUUAAAAGUGGCUUUGUUUUAGUUACCCUGUGUGCAUAUAGUGCAGAAAAAGGUCUUCAUAUUAGCACUAUGUACAUGAGAAGAGGCCCACAUUACAAGAGGCAAUGGAAAUUUGAAUUCUGAAACCUUCAUUGAGUUUUACAGUAGCAUCCAGGUUUAUCUCCGUUCACUAACCACGUUCCCUGUUAAGCACAUCAUAACAACAGCACAGUGGAGUGAGUGAUGAAUAAAAGAAUUUGAUACACUAGAAAACAGUGCUCAGUGAUACAUUUACAUUCUAUUUAUAUGAUUAAACAUUUGAUCAUACAGUACCUUUCUACAGGAUUACUGGCUAAUUUGGGGGUGGGGUUUAUACUGUUAGAGGUAUUACUAACAUGAUAACUACUUCCCUUAUAUGCAAACGUUAGAGCUAUAAUUUUGCAAAUAAAACUGAUUAUGCAAGUUAACUGAGCAGCUUCCCAGUGUGGCUUAGGACAUCAUGGGGAGUAUGAGCAAAGCUGCCCUCCACACAGAUGGUUUCUCAACCUGCUUUCACAUCAAAUUUAAUCAGCACAGACCAACACGGUCAAUCAGGUAAUUCUUAAUGUGAACAAAUGGGGGAAAGAAAAAAUACGUUAUGUACAUGAAUAAAUGGGAACUAGAUGCCUUUGCAGCGAGGAAUGUCAGGGUCGGUUCUGGCUGGAACUCUGUGACAGCUUCUUACUUCCACAGCUGUGUGCUCAGAGUCUGCCCCGACGAGCUUCCAGACCACCCUGCUGUCGUGCUGGGAGGCUGGCCAAAACCUGCACUCGCGUUUGCACUACUGAGGUUCAUGGCAGCCAUCUGCUGAUUCAUCUGUGAAACACAAAAGGCUUAGUUAACAAGGAUGAUUCUCUCUUUAGCUACAGCCAGACACUUCAUCAGAUGUGAAAAUUAGUCCAGACACUGGAUGUGGACCACACAGAAAUCUUUCUACUGAAAUCAAAGUUACUUUUUUCUUACCUUUUCCUGAGUUAGGCAUUACUUAUAAAGUAAUCCAUAAUUAGUUCACUUUCUAGAUUAACCACAACUGAAAACACAUCAAAGUAAUCUUUGAGUUUAUAUCUGAGACCAUCACUCUUCUGUGACUCCAAGACUAAGACAUUUUUGAAAGUAAAACAUCUUAAAAUUACCCUAACAUUUACAAAAUACUCAUAAUUCUCUAUUAACAUCCUAAAUGACCUUAAUAUACUUCCUAAACAUUAAAAAGGUCAUAUAGCAUAUGUUUUAGGUUUUAUGUUAUAAUAACAUAAACAGCUAAAAUUAAAUUUCAGUAUAUGCUAUACAAUAAACAACUACAUGUAAUUUUCUUUCAGGCUAAAAUCCAGUGUAUUUAUCAGGCUCUUAGCACAGUAGUUCUCUCACUACCCAGUUUGGUGAUGGAACAAGAGACGCAGGAUUUACCUAAAAUAGUUUCAAACCUAUGUUCAACAUUAACUGUGUUCUUUGUGCAGAAUUUUUUUUCUUUUGAAAACCCAAGACAUAAUAACCACACAUGUGUCUACAGACAGGUAGAUUCCAUCUUCCCUUCUGCUCACUCUUAUAGCCUUGCUGUUCUUCACUGGCUCUCCUGUAAUCUAGCCUGAGUCACGUGAGCCUGAGCAUCCUGGUCACAGAAAAGCUGUUCCUAAUAUCUGACAUCAUUCCCAAGGUUUCCAAUGCAUAAGCAGUGUGUACGUAUAUACCUACAAACCGCAGCUGUCACAGCACAAAAGCACUUGUAAGAUACACGGCGGCUCUGUGAAUGUUAGUUAGCAGUCAAUGUUCUAAGGGAAACUAGGGGUCCCAGUGGUCCUGGUUCCUGUAAGAUGCUCGGUGGACAGUCAUGCAGAAGUGGAAAUGGGACCAUGAGCCCUGAGUCAAAGCCUCUGAUGUGGGGCGACAGCAGGAAUGUUACUCUAAGCUAAGCCAGACAGACAUGGAAUUUAUCAGUGAAUACCUGAGGGAAGCAGGGUUUACAUUCUCACCACGGGGAUUCCUGAGCCAAUGGAUGUUCCUCAUACAUCAACAGGCAGGAACCACAUGACAGAGGCAGCCUUGAUCCCUCAUAAAACUGUGCUUUAAAAAUAUGAAGCUGGAUUUCUAUCUCACUGAUAAGA